GCUUGCCUUCUGUGUUAGCUCAACUAGCAAACUUGCUUCCGUUAUCAUGAACUAUUUUAGUUAGUUUUUAGCACAUUGACAAAGGGUUUUUGUUAUGAAACAAAUAUAUGAUAUUGUUUUUGUCUAAGGUUUAAGUAAGCUAACGCAUCUUGCUAAAGAAAAGAGUGAAUCCUGAGACGUUUCAGAAGAUGCUAGGCUAAUGCUUAUAUAGCCAUUUAGCUAGCUAACGUUAACUGGUUAGCCAGGGGCACCGCUUCAAUCGCAUCCAGCGUUAUCAAGGAAGGAAGGAACGGACCCCAAGUGACUGUGACAGUGAUUCAUGGGACAUGCUAUUGACAGCCUUUGGGAAGAUUCUGAAUGGGAGGGCUUGCUGCUGAGAACUAACUACAGCCACAAAUCACCUUUUCCCUGCAGCUGACCCCGACUGCAACUACCAUUAUUCCAGCCCAUAAUUAACCUGUCAUGUCUGAACCGAAGGAGUCGGGUGAUCGUGGGAAAGACAGGGAGCGGGGCGCCCGUCCCAAGGUGAGACAGAGCCGGUCUGAGGAGAGAAGAGAUGCCGGCGGGGGGCAAAAGGCAGGAAGAGGAAAAAAGAAAGGCCAGACGUCCCGUGAGCAAGCUGGGGAGCGGCCUGUCAGCGAUGGGUUUGAGUAUGGGGACCUGCUGACUGGUCUGGAGCCCAGGGACCGCUGCUCCUCCUCUCCACUGAAGGAGUGCAGGAGAUGGCAGGGCCUGGAGGGGGUCACUUCCCUCAGCCAGGACAGGGGGACAGCCAGGCUGGCACAGGGGACAGCUGAGCCACCAAUCAGUGAGGCUGAGGGCAGGGGGGCAGGUGGCAGUCGCACACUCCGUCAAAAGAUCCAGGAUGCCAUGGGGCAGUGUUUCCCCAUAAAGACCAACACUCCGUCGUCCAGUUCGACUCAGCAGGUCUUUAUGCCACAAGCUGCAGCUGCUGCAGGGGCUGCCUCCUCGCGCCGUAAGAUCCACCUUACUGAACUCAUGCUGGAUGACUGUCCCUUCGCAGCAGGCACCGAGCUGGCUCAGAAGUGGUACCUCAUCAAGCAGCACACAGCCCCCAUCUCCACACCUCCCGUAGUGGACACCUUGGUGGUCAGCGCUAGUGGCUCUGCCUCAAACAUGGCCGCCGUGGUGGAGGAUGUGGAUGACCGGUUGCGAGAGCGCAGGCGCAUCAGCAUCGAGCAAGGCGUGGAGCCGCCACCCAACGCAGAGAUCCACACGUUUGAGGUGACGGCCCAGAUCAACCCUCUGUACAAGCUGGGGCCCAAACUGGCCCAUGGUAUGAAUGAGCUUGCAGGGGACGACAGAGCUACCAUUCACCAGCAACAGCAGCUGCUUCUCCAGAGGCAACAGCAGCACCAGCUCUUGCUGCAGAGCUGUCUAGACACUCUGGAUGAGGUGGUGGCCGUGGCCUCCUCCUCUUCUGCCUCAGCAACUGCCUUGGUCCCUGUCUGUGAAGCUGCUUCUGUGCCUGACCCCAUGGUUGACCCUGAGGUCACAGCCAGCCUCCAGCCAACCAGAGCUGCCGUCCCCCAGGCUGAGGGUCCCCCUACUCAGGAUGGCUAUCGCAUCCACACCCAGAUCGACUACAUCCACUGUCUGGUGCCUGACCUGCUGCAGAUCACUAACCUACCCUGCUACUGGGGUGUGAUGGACCGCUAUGAGGCUGAGACUCUGCUGGAGGGUAAGCAAGAGGGCACCUUCCUCCUCCGCGACUCAGCCCAGGAAGACUACCUCUUCUCCGUCAGCUUCCGCCGCUACGGCCGCUCGCUGCACGCCCGCAUCGAGCAGUGGAACCACAACUUCAGCUUUGACGUGCACGACCCCAGUGUUUUCCAUGCACCCACUGUCACAGGGCUGCUGGAGCACUACAAGGACCCCAACUCCUGCAUGUUUUUCGAGCCUCUGCUGUCCAACCCCAUCCACCGCACCCUGCCCUUCAGCCUGCAGCACGUGUGCAGGGCGGUGAUCAGCAGCCGCACCACCUACGACGGCAUCAACGUGCUGCCCAUCCCCAACACCCUGAAGAAACACCUGAAGGAGUACCAUUACAAGCAGAGGGUGAGGGUACGGAGGAUGGACACCUGGUGGGAGUAACAAAGACCUUCUGGCGGAAGUGAACCACAACUAGGCUACUAACUUAACACUAUGGAGGCAGGCCUCACUCAGUGGACAACCAGUUGACUCACUCCAUUUUCUUCCAUUUGUCUUUAUUAAUAUAUACCUACCUACUGCAUUCACUGUAUACCUAGCUACCUGUUUUAUCUAUUUAUGAUUUACGGUAUAAGACCAAUGUCUUAAACUCUUUGGAUACUAUGUUAAUUCAAUUCUGAUGCACAUUCACACAUUCUUCUCUGCUCACAAUAAACUUCAGAUUCAUCGUAAUGAUACAUCAUGUGUGUAGAGAUGUAUCAAUUCUUUGGGUUGAAGUGAACAGAGUCAAGGCUGGUUUGGUGGAUGUCUUAUGGAACACGUACAGGUUUAAUAAUGGGUCAAUGAAUUACCAUUGCCAAAUGUAGGCUACUGGAGACGAACAGAUAAUGUGGAUGGCAACCUGCUGGCAAGCUGCUGAGGACCUAGCUGGUGGUAUAAACCAUUUGUAAAUUCAUUUUUUAUAUAUUUUGUGUCAUUCCUUUGAAGGCGAAAGAAAGGUACUUGAAAGGGAAUUUUUGACUCGUCCUAAUUACUUGAGUAAUCCAAUACUUCCCCGUAUAGCCUAUAGUUUUCAGAGAUAAACUAAAACUAUAGGGUGUAUGGCAGGUAAAUGUCUCAAGCUUCUAUCCAUGUGAGAUUUUACCGUUGUGUUACUUCCUAUCAAAUUAGAGAACAUUGAAGCCAUUGCUGAAUGCCUAACACAAAAUGAAUCCAAUUGCAUGCGAGUUGAAGCCGUUUGUCAGUGUUAGAGCAAACAGACAGUGAGUGAUGAUAAUAGAGCAGUUUUUUAUGGUGCUGAGAACAGAACAUGAAGCAGCACCUGCUGAGAAGAGCUCUAUCUCUGUCUAGCUUUGGUCUAUUGAUCUUCUCAGCCUACCACUGAGCCUGUGUUGGAAUCAGAGUAAUGAUGAUGGAAGCACAUUUAGGCUACCCUUACGUUUUGAUUAUUGAGUCAUUGUGCCUUGUGCUUCGAGGCUAUUGCUGUAGCCUGGUCCAAUAUACACAUUUUCCAGCAUGAUGGUGAUUUUCAGAAGGCCUCCAUUUUGUAUUGCGAAGUGAUCUCAAUAUCAUGUUUCAGUACUGGCUAUAUCAAAGGGAGCAUUGUAUUAUCAAUGAGCUUUAAAAAAUAAAACUCCCUUUUUAGUACCUUGUCCUCACAUGACCUGAAAACCUUACCACGCUGUUGUUGAAUUUAUCUCUUUGUCGAUGAUGUUUGGGCCUGGAAGGCUGAGGAAAUGAUACAGUUAUUUGUACAUUUCCACAUCCCUUCUGCUGGGACUAAAAGCAGAUCUGGAACAAUUCAGACCUCUAACGUGACAAACAGGACAUUGUAUUUGCAUAUAUAAAUAGAAACUAUCCCUUUAGUAAAUUAAAGAAAUACAUUUUUGUAUUUAUUUAACCUUUAUUUAACUAGGCAAAUUAAAGAAAUGAAUGCCUUUGUAAAUGUUCCCAAACAAGACAGAGGACAAACAACAUUUAAUGUAAGAACUUUCAUUUGACGGUUAUUUUGGCGACCCAUUCAUGGAUUAAUUGCAUAAUUUACCUAUGCAGUGAAGUGAUUGACCACUUUGUGUGAACACAAUUUGGUAUUAAUGGAAACACACAAAGAGAGGCCUCUGUGCUAAUUGAUGUGUGCAGCGUGCAAUAAUUACAGUUGACAGCCGUCCUGAUAUUAAUGAGUGAGCAUGGAGAAUGGAUCACUUCUGUCAGCAGCCAUCUUAGGAAUCCUCACUCUGGUAUGUCUUCAGAUGGAUGCUUUGAUUUAAUCUAGAGAAUUUAUUUUAUUAUGCUACUGUUUGUAUUUAACCUUUUAUCCACUAAGGAGGAUGUCACCAUACUUGAUGAAAAGUUCCAUGGCAGCACUCAAAAUGCACAGUGUUAGGGAGCCAUCCCACUGGGCACAGACUUCAUUUCAACGACUAGUUUUGAUUUAUAUUUGGUUGUUGUCAACUAACGUAAAACCCACAAAAAAUAUCAUGUAAUUGGAUUUAGGUUAAAAGUUGGGUGAACAAAUGACAAAAUUCCCUUAUGUUUAUGGCUUUUUUCAAAUCCAGUCAGUUUUCCACAUUGAUUCAACAUCACAUAGAAUUUCUUUGUUGACAUGACGUGGAAACAAUGUUGAUUCAAGCAGUUUUUGCUCAGUGGGAUGGCCUUGUUUCCAUAAGUCUAAUGUUAAAAUGGUUUCUGUGUUGGAGGACAUAUUUAACCUACAAAAGCAUUAUUGGGCACAUAUAACUAUUAAAGUGUAGUGUUGUAAAGUAACAAUGGAUGUGCUCAUCUUGACGUAAUGGUGUCUACAACAUGUAUGCCUUUGCCUGGCUAGAGAUUCCUCCAGCUUCAUAUGCAUACAGUAAACUCAUUCAACAUUCAA